CAUACAGGUGUAUUUAUUGCCAGCUGAUUACGAAAGGUGCCUACACACCACAAUAACCAUGGCAGAGGACGGACAAAUAAAGGAAAUGCUCACGAAGCCAUGGGACACCGCUCGGGAGGUCCCAAUCAUUGGAGAUGAACAGACACCCUGGAAAUUAAUCAAACUACUCAGGACCAUCUCUGUGAUUGCAGUAGCGAUCACCGUGUUUGGAUUGGCACUAUGCAGCAAGACAUCUUUCCUUCUCCUCAUCACUUUGUCCAAUGAAGACACACAGAUCCUCUCAGCAGAGCAGAAACCCCUCGCACUUCUAUGUAUUGGUUGCGCUAUCGUUUCAUCAAGUGUCCUUCUGUUCCUGAAAAGCAUUUGGAAAGCAUGCUACAAAACCUCAAAGCUCCCAAGAAAGUCAACUGUAGCCCUGGUUUUGUUCUUUGAGUUUCUGGUUUCUUUUGGUGUAGCAGUUCUCACCAUUGUGACGAUGCCACACUUAGACAUUGUGACCAACGUGACUCUACUGAAUGCUGUUGCUAUCCUCUCUGCGCUCCUACAAGCAGUUGCUCAGUGUGCUGCCAAGGAAUGCAACCGCUUCCUGAUUUCCCCUAUCAUUGCCUUCAUCCUCAUUUUGCUAGGUUACUGUCUGUUUGUUGCAUUAUACAUUAUGAAGGACCCUACUGAUACUAAGAUGAUCAUUUGGGUGGGUCUUGCUGUUGGUGCUUCUCUCUUGGCGUCCUUCAACUGGUGGGAGAACUAUUUAAGACUGAUCUGUGAGAAGAGUAGAUCCUGCUUCCUCAAGAACCUGUUCAAAGACAUGACAAAGUGCCAGAACAUUCUACACAUCUUCACCAGCCUCCUGAGGAUCGUGGUGACCACCUGUGUACUUGGAGCUUAUGUUCCUCUGGCCAAACUGGACUGGCACCUAUUGACCUCCGCUUCAAGCUUACAGAAAAGGGUUAUAAUUUUCAUCAUUGGGGUCCAGCUGAUCUCCUCCGCACUUUGCCAGUGGUUUGCUUUGCUAGCCUGCAAGAUGCAUGCCAUUCGUCGAUGCUUCAUCCUGCCUUUGUACUUCACCUCCUUGGCUGUUGUGGCCGUGUUCAUCAUCCCUGUCAUUGUCUACUACCAGGAAUACAAAAUAAGUCUAAACACAACUGAAAGCAUCACCUUCACAAGCUACUGUAACGUAGCUAUGGAUGCAAGGAAUCAGAGCCUGAACAGCAGCGUGUUCUCCCAUCUGGUUUGGGAUGUUACACAAACUCUGUGCUUCCUGGACAUGUCCAAGAUUACUGACAUUGGCAUGCUGACAGGUGCAGCAGCGUCCUGGUGGAUUGGCCUUCUGUUAGCCACCCUCUAUGUUUGGAACCUCAACAUCUACCGUAUCCAGAAAACCCAAGACCUGUUCAUCAGGAGGCUGUAUGAGGGAGCCUUUAUUGAGCAAUCCUUGCUCCUCAACACCCGAUUCCACAUCCAGACCAAACGCAAGAAGAAUCAAUUUAAUGAAUGUGACUCCACUGCCAUGGUGUAUUUGUGUGCAACCAUGUGGCAUGAGACUUACGAAGAGAUGAUGAACAUCAUAAUCUCAAUUUUCAGACUGGACAAGUAUAGACCAAAGACAGGGCCAGAGAAGGAAGACAUAGAGUUUGACGAUUUCACCUUUGAAGCUCAUAUCUACUUUGAUGAUGCGUUUGAAUCUGUUGAGGGGAAUGAGGAACGUCAACUCAAUGAAUACGCAAAAUCCCUUGUGGUUAUCAUUGCAGAGGUUUAUGGCAUUUUCAAUAGCAUUGAUGAAGAGCUGUUUAGAGUACAGCACAUUCCUGAUCAGAAGGUCAUACGAACACCUUAUGGAGGUCGUCUUGUCAUCAAAAUGCCUCAUGGAAACAACAUAAUAGUCCACUUCAAGGAUAAAAACCUCAUUCGCCACAAGAAGAGAUGGUCUCAGGUUAUGUACCUUUACUAUCUUCUGGGCUGGAAACUCAUGACCAAAUAUUAUAAUCGCAGGGAUCAGUAUGAGGAUGACAACACACUUAGACAAGAAAUUCAGAAAGAGAAGCACAACACCUACCUUUUGGCUUUAGAUGGAGACACAGACUUCCAUCCUGCAUCUGUGAUGCUGCUCAUUGAUCGUCUGAAAAUGUACCCUCGUGUUGGGGCGGCGUGCGGCAGGAUUCACCCCACUGGAUCAGGUCCUGUAGUUUGGUUCCAGAAAUUUGAGUACGCUGUCAGCCACUGGCUGCAGAAGACAGCUGAGCAUGUGUUCGGCUGCGUGCUGUGCAGUCCUGGCUGCUUCAGUCUCUUCAGAGCAGAGGCGCUAAUGGACGACAAUGUGAUGAAGAAAUACUCCACCAAGUCCACAGAGGCCAGCCAGUACAUCCAGUAUGACCAAGGUGAAGACCGCUGGCUGUGUACUCUACUUUUGAAGCAAGGUUGGAGAGUGGAGUACAAUGCAGCAUCUGAUGCCUACACCAACGCACCAGAAGACUUCAAAGAACUGUACAACCAGCGGAGACGAUGGGGGCCUUCUACAAUGGCCAAUGUGGUGGAUCUGCUUGGCUCCACCAACAUUAUUUCCAAGAGGAACUCAUCCAUGUCCAAACCCUUUAUGUUCUACCAACUGUUUAACAUGUUAUCAACUGUUCUUGCACCUUCCACCAUUUGCCUCAUGAUUGCAGGCAGUUUGUCCUUCAUCCUGGGACUCUCCAAUUCUGUUGCUCUGGUCGUAGCUGUGAUACCUCCUGCCAUCUAUUUGGGUCUUUGUUUUAAGCUCAAGGCAGACACUCAGAUUACUCUUGCAGCAGCAUUGAGUGCAUUGUAUGCAUUCCUUAUGUUGGUGGUCACCAUGUCCAUUAUAGGUUCAAUGGUCAAAAGUGGGACCAUUUUCACACCCAGCAGCAUUUUCAUCAUCGCCAUGUCUGUCAUUUACGUAGUCACGGCCCUAAUGCACCCCCAGGAAUUGCCUCUCGUGUUCUAUGGCUUUCUCUACAUCAUCUGCAUCCCCAGCGCCUACCUUCUGCUAACCAUUUACUCCAUGGUCAACAUGAACAGCGUCUCUUGGGGAACCAGAGAGACAAAAUCUACAGCUGGGGCUGUCACACCGGCAGUCACUAAGGAAACACCCAAACAGAGAGUGAAAAGCAGUCUCCAGCGACUCUUCUCCUGGGUCAAAUGUUGUAAAAAACCAAGCCAGAGAUCUCAAGAUAUACAUGAGAACAUUAUCCCAGAGUCAAUACAGCUUGAGCCACAACCCCAAAACACUAUUGUGGAUGACCCCCCUGAGGACAGACAAGAGGAAGUGGAGACUAACAUUUCAUCUACUGAGUGUUGGAUAACACAACUCCAGAGCUUUCCUAGUGACGUACAAAUGCAACUACAAGAGGAAUCUUUCAAUGAGGAGGAGAAAGUUUUCUGGGAGGAGUUGCGGGAAAAAUACCUUUAUCCUCUGCCAAUUGACAAAGAGAAACAAAAGGAGAUGCAAAGUGCACUGAAAGGACUGAGAAACAAGAUCAACUUUUCCUUCUUCUUUGUGAAUGCCCUGUGGCUAGUGGCAACCUUUACCCUCGAGAUCUUUCAAAUCUUCUCCAUCAAAAUAAAUAUGGUUGAUAUCAACUUAAACAACACAGGGAACUUCAUCCAAAUCGAGCCCUUGUCCUUCAUGUUCAUUCUGGGAUUCGCUGUGUCAGUUUUGCUCCAGUUUGUUGGCAUGUUUUACCACAGAGUCUACACCCUCAUCCACUACAUCGCUUAUCUAGAGACUGAGCCCAUCCAACAGAAAAGAACACAGAAAGCAAAAGAAAAAAAAGAAAAAGCUUUACAGGAUAGCAUUUACUCCACUACAGACUCAAACUACAGCUCUGGGGAAGAAGAUGAGAGUUUUGAUGGUGAAGAUGAUGAUGAUUCUUACAUAGAUCCUAAUGCAGGGACUAUGGUUUAAACACAGACUGCUGAACUUGGAUGAGUUCACUGUCUGUCAGACUUUAUGAAGUAUUUUUUAAUCAGCCUUCAGUCAACAUCACCUGAGAAUUCUUGACCUCAUAAACCAGCAUCUGCUGCAUCAUUUUAUUCAAUGUGUUCUUAUUUUUUAAAAGCUUAUGUUUAUAACUGAAAGGCUAGGAGGUGAAACUUCAUUUAAAAAUCAGCUUGAGUGUUUUUAAUUUUUCAUCAGCUUUGGUCGCAGUGAAUCGAUCUGUUAUAUUGUUACGAUGCCAGGUGCAAUUUUUCCCAAAAAAAUAUUAUUUUUUCUUAAUUUCUUUUGAUUAUUUAUAUUUAUUUUUAAUCAUUCUGUUACAAAUAUGAUGUAUUGUUUUGCAAAUGAAGGCAACCAUCAAAUGAAGGAUGUGUGGUUUUGAUUUAAACAGUAAGUCAUACUCUGGGUUUGCUGCUAUUGUUAAAGCACUGAUUAUUUUUAUAAUGUUUACAGGAAUAAGUGAAGAAAGGAAAUUAUUCUAGCAAAUGAAGGGUAUUUUUAAAGGCUGAAAGGAAUAAGUCAGAUCAUCACUGUAAUGUUCAACUGUAGUCAAAGCAGAAUGCAAAUUACUGAUAUUUAUCUUUAGUUGUUGUAUUUCUCACGUAUAUUUUUGUAUGUUGUCACUUUUCACGGUUCUGUACUAUUUAUAUAUAGAUAUAUAAAAAUCCUAUUUAUUGUAGUUUAAAAUGUAAAUGUUAUGUUAAUUUGAUUCUGUAUAAUAAAUAAUACUUUUUUUCCCAUAAAUAACGCCUCUGUUUAGUGUAAAGUGUUCAAGAAGCCAAAUAAGACAUUUUUUUUCUUGUCACCUUUGGUCUGUUUUAACAUAAACCUUGUUUUUAGUUUAAUUUAUGAAAAAAAAGAUCAAUUUAAUGCAAUUAUUUUUCCUUUGUAGAGUCAAAAUUAUGGAGGC